AUGCAGAAUAUAUCACAUUUGGUAGUAAGGUUAUCAAAGCAUGACACUGAGGUUUUACAUGGCGGUGUUUACAAGAGAAAACUUCACACUGUUAAUGACAUCUUGUGUCCAAUAAUUGUAUUCACAAAUGAGCCACGUGGAUACAAUGUGGAAAAUAGAUAG